AGUUGCUCUACGGCGAUGCUAUGCGCUGCCAUCAUGACAGACCACUGGGAGCAGGUGGGAUGGGAGCGCGCAGCGCUGGCCGCCUUCGCCAACACCUCCAACACAGCGCUGCAAUGGUUACUUGACGAAAAGGUCGUUAAGAUCGAGGAUACAGGCAGCAGAAAAGGCGGGGGGACAUUUUUAGUACCUAUGAAUGGUGGUAUUUGGACCAUGUGCGUGUCAUUAGAAGAGGAGGAGAUAACGAUACUGUCCAGGGUUGGGUUUCCCAAACAACCUUUAUGCACAAAUUAUUUAGCUAAUAGUGAUGAAGAAGAGCCAAGAGCCGAUUGGCAACACCGCAUGCAAAAUUUGUCAAUAUCAUGCGCGCUGGUGUGCCUGAUAGUUCUUGGUAGCGCGGCGCUGGUCGGCGCUUUCGGAAUCUGCAAGCAUCAAAUCAGCGCCGUCCUUAUUACAGGGGUUAUGUAUUUAUUAGCAGGUCUAUUCGCGAUGUUCACGUUAAUGAUCAUCCACUUCAAACGUGUCCAGCGUGUGUCCGCACGCGGCGGACACGUGGACGACACAGGGGACGGCGUGGUGGGACCCCAAGCGGCCGCGCUCCCACUCCUCUCCGCACGACAGUUCUCCACCUCCUGGUCUUUAGAACUCGGCUGGGGCGGAGUAGCACUGGCCACUACGACAUCCCUCCUAUGGAUAUUACUCUCUAAAAUCAUGAGAUACAACCCUAUAUCUACUAUGUUGCUUUAA